AUGUGUUAUCAUUUGCAGUUACUACUUGUUACAAUUUUGUACAUCGUGCAUGGUGCUAUAGGAUAUCAAGCAUCCGAAAGUACAAAAGUAACGGAUGCUGCACCUAAGUCGAAUACUCCUGUUCAGUUUUAUAAACGGAUUGUAAAUCACAUAAGUGCACCUAGUGAUCGAAUUUUCGAUGGCUAUCAACAUAGAAGAAGAAGUUUAUCGACUGAAAAAGCUCUUAACCCCAAGCCAAAAUUUGAUUUACCAAAUUACUCUCAUACAGACGUCAAAACUCAUCGAAGAAAAUGUAAAAUGAAUAAAAAGAAAACCCUCCCUGCUAAUACAUUAAAAUUUAAGAAGUUAAAUCGGAUGGGAGGGAUCCUAGAAGCUUUAAAAGGAAUUAAAGAUAUGAAAACAGGACCUAAUUACACGAAAAAGCACGUAGGGCCUGAAUAUGAAUUAAAUACGGAAGAAGCUCUAAAUGAUGCAGAUAGUUCGAUUUCUGAAGGAGGUUUCAUGGCAGGAGAAGAUAUAAACAGUGGAGGCGAUAUAAGUGAUAUUAGCUGUCUGAGCCAUUGGACUGAUGUUGAUUUAAAUGUUGGAAGUGAUGAUGUAAGUGCUGAAGGCAGUUACACUACUGCAACUGGUAUGAAUACUGGAGGUAGCUUAAGCGUUGGAGGUGGUUUAAAUUUUAGAGGUGAUUUGAGUACUGAGGGUAGUUUAAGUGCCGAAGACGGUUUAUAUAAUAAUGGAGUUUCAAGUGAUGGAAAUAAAGUAUCUCCUAUCACUGGGAAUUUUUUGGGCAAUAAAGUUAAUUUACAUUAUUUAGGUGGUGUGAAUGCUGGAGGCCAGUUGAUCGCUUUCAGUGGUUUAAACGGUGAAGAUAGUUUGGAUGUUGGAGGUGGUUUGAGUGCUGGAGACGGUGUGAGUGCUCAUAGUGACUUACAUGUAGGUAACAGUUUGAAUUCCAAGGGUGUUUUGAGUACUUUAGACACUGCGAAUGUAGGAUACAAUUUAAAUACAUUAGGUGGUUUAAAAGCUUUAGAUCGCUUUAUUGCUUUAGGCGGCUUGAAUACUUUAGGAAGUUUCAGUUCCUUAGAGGAUAUUAAUGCUUUAAAUGAUUUACACGCUGAGAGUAGUUUGAGUGCUGAAAGUGGUUUGAAUGUUGGAAGUGGAUUCAGUGCUUUGGGUGGUCUCAAUGCUGGAGAUGGUUUGAGCACUUUAGAAGUUUUAAGUGCCUUAAAAACUUUAAUCCUUUUGAGUACCGCAUUGGGUUCAAAUACUGGAGAGGGUGCAUCAAGUGGUUUAAAUUUUGGAGGUAAUUUGACUGCUUCAGAGACUUUAAGUGCUUUAGAAACCUUAAACCGUUUGAGUGCAUCAGGUGGCUUAAAUGUAGGAGGUAGCUUCAGUAGUCCGAGUGGUUUAAAUACCGAAGAGAGCUCGAGUGCUGCUUGGAUGUUAAAUUUACUUGAGAAUGGCGGAUUUAGUGUUGGUGGAGGUUUAAGUGAUACAGGAAGUUUCAGUUCUGAAGAUAGUUGGAAUGCUGAAGGUACUUUGAGUUCUGGACAUGGUUUAAAUGCAGGAGGUGGUUUGGCUGGUUUACAAGGUCUAUUUUCAUUAGGCGUUUUGAAUACUUUAGAUAAUUUGAAUGCCAAAGGAAGGUUGAAUGGUGAAGAUAGUUUGAGUGCUAUAAAUGGUUCAAAUGAUAGAGGUGAUUUGAGUGCUUUAGAUUAUGUGAGUGCUUUAAGUUAUUUGGGUGACUCAAGUCGCUUGAGUGCUUCAGGUAGUUUAAAUGCAGGAAGUGAAAAGAAACGGGAAGUUACUUUUUAUCCUUUAGGUAGUAUGAGUGUCCUGGAGGGCUUAGACUCUGAGAGCUUGAGUACAGGCUGGGGUUUGGGUAGUUUCAGUGCUCCAGGCAUCUCGACUGCUUCAGAUAGUUUGGUCCCUGGAGGCACUAUAAAUUCUGGAAGUGAUUUAUAUGUAGAACGUGGUAUAACUAGUUUAGACGGUCUAUUUAAAUUAGUCGGAUUGAAUGCUUUAGGUAGUUUGAAUACUGAAGAGGGUUUGAAUGGGGGAGGAAGUUUGAGUCCUUUAGAUGGUAUAAAUAUUGGAGGUGGUUUGAAUGAUUUAGGUAGUUUAAACCUUGGAGGAGAUUUGUACGGGGAAGGUAGUUUAAGUGCUUUAGGUGAUUUGAACAUUGGAGGUAGUUUAAAUCUUGUGGAUGGUUUUAAUGCUUUAGGUGAUUUGAACGCUGAAGGACGCUUGAAUAGUGGAAAUAAUUUGAAUGCUUUAGGUGGUUUAAAUCUUAUAGGUAAUUUCAAUCUUGGAGGUGAUUCUAAUGCUUUUAGUGAUUUGAACGCUGGUGGGGAUUUGACUGAUGGAAGUAGUUUGGAUCCUUUAGGUGGUUCAAACCUUGAAGUUGACUCUAAUGAUUUUAGUGAUUUGAACAUUGGAGGGGACUUCAAUGGUGAAAGUAGUUUGGACCCUUUAGGUAGUUUAAACCUUGGAGGUAAUUCUAAUGCUUUUAGUGAUUUGAACGCUGGAGGGGAUUUGAAUGAUGCAAGUAGUUUGGAUCCUUUAGGUGGUUUAAACCUUGGAGGUGAUUCUAAUGCUUUUAGUGAUUUGAACGCUGGAGGGGAUUUGAAUGGUGGAAGUAGUUUGGACACUUUAGGUUUUUUAAACCAUGGAGAUGAUGUUAUUACUUGUAAUAAUUUGAACGUUGGAGGGGAUUUGAAUGGUGGAAAUAGUUUAGAUCCUUUAGGUGGUUUUAAUACGUUAAGUGAAUUGAACGCUUGUGGAGGUGGAAGUAGUUUGAAUGCUUUAGAUGGUUCAAACGUUGCAGAUGGUUUUAUUCUUGGGGGUGAUUUAAAUGUUUUUGGUGAUUUGAACGCUGGAGGAGAUUUGAAUGAUAUAAAAGGUGCUGAUCCUUUAGAUGGUUUAAACCUUGGAGGUGGUUUAAGCCUCGGAGGUGGUUUUAAUGCUUUUGGUGAUUUAAACACUGGAGGAGGCUGGAAUGGCGGAAGUAAUUUGAAUGCUCUAGUUGGUUUAAAUCUUGGAGGUGAUUUAAAUCUUGGAAAUGAUUUUAAUGCUUUUGGUGAUUUGGACGCUGAAGGAGGCGUGAAUAGUGGAAGUAGUUUGGAUACUUUAGGUGGUUUAAACUUUGGAGAUGGUUUAAGCUUUGGCAGUGGUUUUAAUGCUUUAGGUAAUUUCACUACUGCAGAAGAUUUGAAUGGUAAAAGCACUUUGAGUGCUUUGAGUGAUUUGAACCUGGAAGGUGGUUUAAGCGUUGAAGAUGGCUUGAAUGCUUUAGAUGAUUUCAAUGCUGGAAGUGGAAAUAAUCCUAUAGGUGCUUUUAAUCCCUUAGAUAGUUUGAGUACUACGAGCGGUUUAAAUACCGGAGGGGGCUUGAGUGCAGGCUUGAUCUCAAAUUUAUGGCAUCCAAAUGCUGGUUUCAGUGCUGUCGGAAGUUUGGGUCCUAAAGGCAGUUUGAGUGGUACAGGAAGUUUCACUUCUGAAGGUAGUUGGAAUGCUGAAGGUACUUUGAAUUCUGGACAUGAUUUAAAUGCAGGAAUUGGUUUUUCUGAUUUAAACGGUCUAUAUUCAUUAGGAGGUUUGAAGGUUUUAGGUGACUUAAAUGCUGGAGGAAGUUUGAAUAACGAAGGUAGUUUGAGUGAUCUAGGUGGUUCAAACGUUGGAGGUGAUUUGAAUGCUUUAUUUGGCCUAAAUACUGGAGGUGAAUUAAAUGCUGUAGGUGGUUCCAAUGGUUUGAGUAGUCUGAACGCAUUAGGUAGCUUGAUAACUUUAGAAGAACUAAAAUCUUUAAUUAAUGCUUGGGGUAGUUUUAAUACUGAAGGCCUCUUAAAUAUAGGAGAUGAAUUUAGUCCUGAAAAUAGUAUGAGCAUUAACAGUGGUUUAAGUGCUCAAGGCCAUUUAGGUACUGAGGUUAUAAAAGCUAACAGUGAUUUAAGUGCUGAAGGUAGCCCAAAUAUUGGAGGUGGCUUCAAUGUAACAGGUGGGGGUUUCAUGACUGCUGAAGGUGGUAAUGGUAGUUUAAGUGCUCAUGGUCAGUUGAGUGCUGAAGGUAGUAUAAAUACUGACAGUGAUUUAAGCUUAAAUACUGGGGGCGGCUUAGAUGUGGUAAGUGGAGGAGGCAUGAGUAUUGAAGGCAAUACGAGUGAAGAUGUUGAUUACAAUACUGGUAGUAGUGGAAAUGCUGGAGCCGAUUAUAGUAAUUUAGGUGGCAAUAAUAUUGAAGACAGUUUGGACGGUAAAGGCAGUUUGAGUGUUGGAGGUAAUUUGAGUACUGGGGCCGGUAUAAUUACCGACGGUGGUUUAAAUACUCAAGGCAAUUUGAGUGCUGAAAGCAGUAUAAAAACUAACGGUGGUAUAAGCAUUCAAGGCCACUUAAAUGCUGGAGGCAGUAUAAAAACUGACAACGGUAUAAGCACUCAAGGCCACUUAAAUGCUGGAGGCAGUAUAAAAACUGACAGCGAUAUAAGCGCUAAAGGGAAAUUAAAUGCUGUAGACAGUAUAAAAGCUGAUGGUGGUAGUGGCAUAAGUGUAGGUGGUGGUUUUAAUAUUGGUGGUAGUAUUAAGAUUGGAGGUGGUUUAAGUACUGAUAAUCUUCCUGGUGCAGAAAGAAGCGAUAAUGGAAUGAAAAUUAAUGAACCGUCUGUAGAAUUAUUGGAAACUCGAUCUAGCACAAGAAAUGGCUUUAGUUCUAGAAGCAGUUUGAGUGUUGGAGGCGGUGUGCACGCCAACAGUGGUUUAAGUAAUCAAGAUAAAAUAAGUACUAAAGGAAUGUUAAAUAAUGGAGGUAGCCUAAAUGUAGGCAAUGGUUUGAAUGCUGGAGGUGGGUUAAGUACUGGAGGUAGUUUGAGUGCUGGAGGCAGUAUGCACGCUAUCCGUGGUGCUCAAAGCCCAUUGAAUGCUGGAGGAAGAUUAAAUACGAAAAGCAGUUUUAACAUAGGAGGUGGUAUAAAUACUGGAGGUAGGUUAACUGUUGGAGGUAACAUGAAUGCUGAUGGUAGUUUAAGUGCUCAAAGCCAUUUGAAUGCAGGAGGCAGUAUGAAUGCCGACAGUGGUUUAAAUGGUCAAGGCCAAUUGAAUACUGGUGGUUGGAAUACUGCAGGAGGUUUGAUCGCAGCAGAUGAUUUUAGUGCUUUAGGAGGCUUGAGUGUUUUAGACCUUUUAAAGUACUCAAGAGGAGGAGGAGGAGGAAGUUUGAGUAGUGGGGGCAACUUGAAUGCUUAUAGAGAUUCAAAAACUCAAUCACAUUUGAAUACUGGGGGCAGUAUCAAUGCUUAUGGUGGUUUAAUUGGCACACAUGACUUCAGUGGUUUAGUUAGCAUGAGUGCUUUAGACCUUUUAAAUGCUGGGGGUAGUUUGAAUGGUGCAGGUGGAAUGAAUGCUUUGGGUGGGUUAACUGCUGGAGGUAGUUUGACUGAUGGAGGCAGCGUGAGUUUUUAUGAUGAUUUAAGUUCUCAAGCCUAUUUCAAUCCUGGAGGCAGUAUGAAUGCUGACGGUAGUUUAAGUGCUAAUAACCAAUUGAAUGCUGGAGGAAGCUUAAAUACUGGAAGCGGCUUAAACAUAGGAGGCAGCUUCAAUGCUGCAGGUGAGUUAAGUACUGGAAGUAGUUUGAGUGUUGGAGGCAGCAUGAACACUUAUGGUGAUUCUACUCAAGGUCUGAAUGCUGGUGGUUUGAAUGCUGGAAGUAGUUUAAGGGCAGGUAUUGUUGGUGUUGUACCUACUGGAAGUCUUUAUCGUGAUAAGAUUGGCAGUCUUUAUGGUGACAAGACUGAAAGUCUUUAUGGUGAUAAGAAUGGCACGUAUGAUGUUAAGCUACAUCAUAAACUAAGACCAAUUAAAUUUGGUGUUGAGGAUGGUACAAUUUAUGAUCAAAGGUUUCAUCAGUUCACUUUAUAA